UUUCCAAACAGAAGCUGGGAGCUAUAAUGUGGCGCUGAAGCGGAGGAGAAAAGCGUGCUGCUAGGAACACCUCUCUCUCUCUCCACCUUUCUCUCUCUCUCUCUCUCUCUGAUUUCAGCAGGAUGUGUACAGCUUUUAAGGAAACGGACAGGAGUAAUGUCUGAGACACGAUAUGUGAUAUAUCAGUAGUCAGAUGUCCGUGCAGAUCAGUCCAUUCCUUAUCCACAUGCGGUCAAAAACAAUCAGAGACCUUGUUCUAAAUCACAGCAGGUGAGAGCAGAGGUACAUUAAAAUCAGUGGAAGAUAUCCAGACGGAUGGCCACGCCUUUUGUACCAGUGCCUGUGCCUAUCGAUCGAGCUCUUCCAGGCUCCUCCGCUGCCAGGCGGCCCAAACGGGCAUCGAGUGUGGGCAGUGUGUCCAGCAGUUCGGGAUCGUCUUCCAUUAAAGGUGGACCGGAAGAAGGUAGACUCGGGAGAAGUGGAAAUGGGAGCUGUUUUAUUGCUUCGUGUCAGAGUCCUGUAACGAGGGCCAGGAUGAACGGAGUCGAGUCCACUGUGGAGUAUUCCAGCUGCGCAAGACCGGAUACGCCACCACACACGCUCGGAUGGGAGGAGAGACCCAUAACUCCAACAGUGCUCGGUUACGAAGUCAUGGAGGAGAGAGCGAAGUUCACGGUGUAUAAGAUCCUGGUGAAGAAGACACAGGACGAGAGCUGGGUGGUGUUCCGGCGUUACACUGACUUUUCCAGACUCAAUGACAAGUUAAAGGAAAUGUUUCCUGGGUUCCGUCUCUCCCUGCCACCUAAACGCUGGUUUAAAGAUAACUACGACACUGACUUCCUGGAGGACAGACAGUUAGGUCUGCAGGCCUUCCUACAAAAUCUGGUGGCUCACAAAGACAUUGCUAAUUGUGUUGCAGUGCGAGAGUUUCUUUGUCUGGACGAGCCUCCAGGACCAUUCGACAGUCUCGAGGAGAGUCGGGCGUUCUGUGAGACUCUGGAGGAGGGUAACUAUCGUCUGCAAAAGGAGCUGCUGGAGAAGCAGAAAGAGAUCAAUUCCUUAAAGAAGAUAUUGGAGGAGAAGGAACUGUACAUACACGUGCUCAGGAAGCAGAUCAACGGUGAGUCUCUGACUCCGGAGAGCCUGUACGGUCUGUCUGCUCAGGGCAGUGAGAGCAGUGUGGAUGCAGAGAGCUCCACCGCUGAGGCAGACCAGGACAUGCCAGAGGAGAGCGGUAGCUGCGAGCAUCAGGCAUCACGGAGUUCUUCAGCAUGUUGGUGUGGUCCGACCAUUAGCAGCUCACCUCCAGUCAUCCAGGUCACUCAGGUGGAGCAGUGAAUCAGAACCAAGACCUUCAACACCUCCCCUCUCCCUCUCCCUCUCCCUCCCUCUCUCUCUCUCUCUCUCUCUCUGUCUCUGUCCCUCUCCAUUUCUUUCUCUCUCUGCCACAACUUCUUGCACUCUCUGCUAGUGCUCACAACCUCUUCUAACUUCACAGCUGAUCAUCUCAAAAAGACAGAGAGACGAGAGAGAGAGAGAAAGAGGAAGAGAUCUGUUGUUGGGGAGCUGAAAUCUGGACCACUGUAGAGACAGCAGAAUGUCCUGAGCAUUAAAUCAUCAGGAUUAAGGAUUUUAACCACUGACCUCCAGCCAUAGACUGCUUCCCAAGCAAAAAGUCCAGACGAAGAUGAACUUUAUUUAAUUUAAUAAUAACUUAUCACGCAGAGGUGCCAACAUGUACAGUUUAGCCAUAAAAUUUAUGAUGUUUCUCACUUCUCAUUAAUACAGGAGAUUUUUCUUUUCUAACGAAGCAGCAGUCAAAACAGACAUGAGUACAUUUCACGUGAGCAGAAAAGCCAAUUCUGUCCAGUGGAGAGGACACAGGACGUGAAAGACUUUCUUUUCAUACCACUUUAUCUUUAACAUGUGAAGGUAUGAGCCUUGGCCUUGUGAGACAAUGGAAAAGAAGAUGGGACUUUUUUGUUUAAAAAAUUGAGAAGUUGCUUAUCAUCACACCAGACAUUUACUUUUCUGUUUUCGUCUGACCGGCAAGGAUUUUGUGGGGUGUUUGUUUUUGCCUGCUAGGAUUUUCUUAUUAAUAACGUUGGCACCUUUGUCUCAUGACAGUUCACUGUGUGACAAUCCAGAGACAGAAACUGCCUUUCACUCCAAAAAACACAGUGGCGUGUUGUCUCCUUGUGGCUAACGCAGCUACUGCAGUCAUCUACUCAGGAAGGACAAUGUUGUGACAGACUGAAAGACUGAUGUUUCCCCUGUGCUGCUGCUGCUGCUGCUGCUGGCAUUUCAUCAGGGCUAUGAAUUGAUGUCUGGCACUUCAUUCCCAUCUGAAACUGGAUUUAAGGCUUCCUUGUCUGGGUUUUGCCUUUCAUGUCACUCCACACUGCCGUUGCCUCAUUCAUGAUAGAAACGCGAUUAAUCUGUGUAUAGGAGUGAAAAAAAAUAUUCUGCACACUGUUAAGCCAUCCAUCUUCAGUGAUUAAUUUCAAACACUACUUUUGCCUCAUCAUUCUUAUAAAGGUGCCGCAAGUCUGUUUUUUCAGAGACGUGGCAUUCUACAGGAUCAGACCUCCUGUUAAAGCAGCAGACCCUACAACAACAGCUCCAGAUAAUCAGCUCACUAACCAGAUUAACCAGAUCAGACGUCAGAAUAGCUCUGAAAAGUAGACUUCCAAUUCUAAACUGUUCUUUCACACAAUAAAAGUAUUUUGCUUUUUGUUAAGCGACAGGAAUAUUUUCCUUUCUGUAUUUUUUUUUUUUUUUUUUUUUUUUUUGUAAAGGCCCUAAAUUUACAAAAUCUCCUCAGCUGGUUUAAUGUGAUGGUCGGUCGCCGUGAUCACAAAAUUUACCACCUAGGAACUUUUUAUAGGAAUAGGAUCACCGUAAAAUUCAAGACAAGAACGUUAGUAGCCUAAAAAAACACUAAACGUGUCCGCGAAGUUAGUUUUUUGUGUGUAAAUAUGUUCAGGUGAUCACUUUCACGGCUAUUUUCCAGAGCUAUGUACCACAUUCACGUUUAAAGCUUCCGCUGCUUGUAAAUGGUCACGUCGGGUCACAUGUUGCACUUUAAUAUCUGCUGGGAUUGUGGGAUACGGGGCGCGUGUAGGCUAGCAGGCAAAGCUUCCUAUGUUUGAAUGCUACAUAUAGCUUCAAAUGAAGCCCAGUGCCUUUAUCUGCAUCUUAUAUAUUUAUAUGUAUACACGAUUAUUUUAUUUGUUUGUGUGUGUGUGCACAAAAUGUGCAGAUCCUUCCGAAAUCAACUUCCCUGCUAACGUAGUGCCUUGCAUUUCUUCUUGGGGAAAAAAAACUGACGUUUGCGUUGCUAUUUUUCACUCUGUUUUCUUUUCCUUUAGGGUUGAUGCCAAAUCACUAUACUGGCUAUAGAGAUGACUUUAGACAUGAUGCAAAUAAUUCACGUCUGUAGUCAAAGCAUUACUGACAUAAAUCCACACAGUCACCCUUUAUUGUCAUUUCUGGGAUCAUACACUUGUCAUAUUUCACUAAACUGCACAUUUAAUGUUUCACGUUGUUCUGAAUGACAAUAAAUUAACGUUUGUAUGACGUCUGUGAUGAUCAGAUCCACGGUUAGGUUCAUUGUUUACUCCUAGACAACUUCUCAUAAAAAAAAAAAAAAUGAAUAUGCAACUGUUCAGUAGAUGCGAUUAAAAAUGUUGAAAAAGUUCCUUUGGUUCAUCUUGACGUUUGUCUUGUUAUUUAGCCGCAGACGAAUUUCCUUUUGGCUCAUUGAAAUGUAACACUUGGAGAGAGAGAGAGAAUAAAAAUCUGUGUGGAUUUA